UGGUCAUCCCAGGCUGCAGGAGAGCAGCCAAUGGCCACAGCCCAUCUAUCUCAGGAGCCCGUGAGCUUUGCGGAGGUGGCCGUGUAUUUCAGCAGGGAGGAGUGGGCGCUGCUGGACCCUGCGCAGCGAGCGCUCUACCGGGACGUGAUGCUGGAGACAUACCAGUCUGUGGCCUCGCUGGCUCCAGCCCCCAAACCUGUGGUGAUCUCCCUGCUUGUAGGAGAAGAGCCCUGGAUCCCAGAUGGGCAUAGCCCUGAGGCCAUGGCAGGAGACCUCAACCCAGGAGGUGAUGGGAUCACAAAGGAUGUCCAUGUGGGCUUUGAGCAAGCCAAGCACUUCAAGAAGCCACUGGGAAAGCAUCUGGGAAAGACAGCACGGAACCCGCUGGACUUCAGAGCAGGUCAGAAGCAGCCUGAAGACCCCAGGUGCAAGGAUGUGUGCCAGAAGAAGCAGCAGCAGAGUCCACGUGUUUUGUGUGGGAAACACUGUAAAAGGUAUUCCAACCUUGUUAAUCACCAGCACACGCUCUCAAAGGAGAGACUGUACAAGUGCUCUGAUUGUGGAAAGAGCUUCAAAUGGAGAUCCCAGCUCAUCUACCACCAGAGCAUUCACUCAGGAGAGAGACCCUACAGUUGUCCUGAAUGUGGGAAAAGCUUCAGAAGGAAUUCUGAUCUGAAGCACCACCAGCAUGUCCACACAGGAGAGAGACCCUACAAGUGCCAGGAGUGUGGAAAGGGCUUCCAAAACAGUUCCGUCCUCACAAUACACCAGCGCAUCCACACAGGAGAGAGACCGUACAAGUGCUCUGAGUGUGGGAAGGGCUUCAAAAUGAUGUCCCACCUCAUCGAACAUCAGCACAUCCACACAGGAGAGAGACCCUACAAGUGUUCGGAGUGUGACAAGACCUUCAAAAAGAGUUCCCAUGUGAUUUUCCACCAGCGCAUCCACACAGGAGAGAGACCCUACAAGUGCUCCGAGUGUGAGAAGAGCUUCAGAAGCAGUUCAGACCUCACAAAACACCAGUACAUCCACACAGGAGAGAGACCAUACAAGUGCUCCGAGUGUGGGAAAGGCUUUAUAUGGAGUUCAGACCUCACAAAACACCAGCGCAUCCACACAGGAGAGAGACCCCUUAAGUGCUCUGAGUGUGAGAAGAGUUUCAGAAGCAGUUCAGACCUCACAAAACACCAGCGCGUCCACACAGGAGAGAGACCGUACAAGUGCUCUGAGUGUGGGAAGAGCUUCAAAAACAGUUCCCACGUCAUCCAGCACCAGCGCAUCCACACAGGAGAGAAACCCUACAAGUGUUCUGAGUGUGGGAAGGGCUUUAUAUGCAGUACUAAUCUCAAAUCCCAUAAGUGUGUCCACAUAGGAAGCAGAAAUUAGAAGUGUUUUGUGGUUUAACCUAGCGGGCAGCUCAGCACCACGCAGUUGUUUUCUCACUCCUUCCCUUCCCUGUGGGAUGGAGGAGAGAACUGGAAGGAAACAAUGAAGUAGAACUUGUAGUUUGAGCUAAAGCUUUUUACUGAGAUAAAGGGCAAGGAUAAUAGUUAUGACAAUGUGCAUUUCUAUGCCUAUAGUGCAUUUUAGCGCAUUGUAAUUAUAUCCGUUACGUACACUGAUUACAUACAUACAUGGUACAUACAGACCUGUAUUGCUCACUUCCAGCACUCUGUGUUCAGAGAAACUGGUGAGAUCCAGCAGCUCACUGCGGCUAUGAUUAUUUUGUGUUACAGUGAUGUCCUGGUUCUCAGUUCCCCUUUUGUUAUGAUGGGAGUGCAACAUGUGGGAAGUAUGCAGCCAGCUGUGGUGUUUUUCUCGUUCUGGGUUGGGAUGACUGCAGUUUGGUCACGUGGUGGGAUCUUUUGGGGCCGGAUUCAUAAUGCUUUGUCUCCUGUAGCGGGAAACAAAAAGUCACAGCUGAAGGAAGAGCACAACUAAUUCAGGAGGUGAAAAAACCCGCAGAAACACAGCAGAUUGUACCGAGCGAUUGUCUGCACGAUGCAAAGUCAAGGUUCCUCCAGCAGACCCUGGCUCUCUUCAUUGUGAAAGCUGGCGUGCUGGGUUUGCCCCCUGGCGUUACAGGGUGAGCUCUCGUGUUGGCUUUGGCACAACAGCCGUCGCUACGGAGCAGCACCAUCGGGGGAACUUUGUCACCACACUUUGAAGCACUGGAACGCUCCUGCAGAGCCCUCUCUGAAACUCAUUUCUCCCAACCUCAGUGUACACACACGGUGUCCCUGGGGACACAGAAGGGUUAAAGCAAACGUCGUUUUACACAGCGAGAACAUUGCACAGGUUUCCAUGACAAACAGCGGUGUCACAGUUAAUGAGGAGGGACAGGUGACGGAGAUGAAGCCUGCGAUCCCUGAGGGAUCGCUAAGAGGGAGCCGUGGGGCUGCAUCAGGAUCCUCCACGAGGAUCGGCAUUUAUUCCAGCACCGUUUCAUCUGUUUAUUGACCACGAUGGGAAAAGCAGGCAGACACUGAUGAGAGCUGCUGACAGCGUUAAUCAUGGAGGCGCUGCCUGCGCUUGGGAGGAUGGGAAAGCCCGGGGCUGCUCGGAUCUCAGCGCUUCCCGCCCACCCCGUUUCCCCACCUGACAGCACGGCAGCAGCUCGGCUCUGGGUGCAGUUUCCGGCUCCUCCAGCAGGCGGCGCCAAAGCACCCGGUCCCACACUGGCUAAACGAUGAAUUAAUCUUUCCUUAGGAAAUUCCAAAGCGUUACAAAGGGCGGAUGGCCUAUAUAUUAACUAUAGUUAAUCACCAUAUGAGAGCUUUCAUUGCCCUUUUGAUAGAUUCAAGCUCAUUAACUUCUCAUUGAGUGGAUUGGAUUUACCGUUAUGUCGCUACUUCUUAUGAAUAGAAUAAAUCAAUAUUGAAUACCUCUG